GGUGGCACAGCCCGCAGCUCUGUUUUCUCCCUCACAGGCUCCUCGCGGUUUGCUCCAGCGGUUACACAACACGCCCCGUUUUUUAAAGGAACGGCUGUUGUUAACGGAGAGUUCAAGGAGCUGAGCCUGGAUGAUUUCAAGGGGAAAUACCUGGUCCUCUUCUUCUACCCCCUGGACUUCACCUUUGUCUGCCCCACAGAAAUUGUGGCUUUCAGCAACAAGGCAAAUGAAUUUCAUGAUGUGAACUGUGACGUGGUAGCAGUUUCUGUGGAUUCUCAUUUUUGUCAUCUGGCCUGGAUAAAUACACCACGAAAGAGCGGCGGUUUAGGCAAAAUGAAUAUUCCAGUUCUGUCGGACCUCACAAAACAAAUCUCCCGUGAUUAUGGUGUGCUGCUAGAAGGACCUGGCAUAGCACUAAGAGGACUCUUCAUCAUUGAUCCAAACGGGAUCAUCAAGCAUCUAAGUGUCAAUGAUCUCCCCGUCGGUCGUAGCGUGGAAGAGACCCUCCGCUUGGUGAAAGCAUUCCAGUACGUGGAAACACAUGGAGAGGUUUGCCCAGCAAACUGGACUCCAGACUCCCCUACAAUCAAACCAAGCCCGGAAGCUUCUAAAGAAUAUUUUGAGAAAGUGCAUACAUAAACACUCAAAAUAUGUGGACAAAACUCUUAGUACCAUACACUGAAGACAUUAGGAAAACAGCUGUGAUUAUUAAAAAAAAA